CCCGGUUUUCCUUGCCGCUAACUGGUGACGCGUAACCUUUUCUAGUGAUCGUGUAUGACGUUCGAUGGUGGUUUUACCCGUGUAAUCUUGUUAAAUACAUUAUUGGCGAAAAAAAAUAUUUUUUUUAGAAAUCCAGUGUAGCAGAUUUUAAAAAGGAAAAUGAGAACUCAAAGAUACCUGUAGAAUAGCGUGAACAAGUGUAAAGGGAUUUUGCGAGCCUAAAUGUGCAGGUCCAAACUGAACGUUUAUUCAUAUGGGUGGUGGCAGACCUUAUUCGUCAAGGAAACAAGAUCGGCUCCUUGCAGCACCAGAAACAGGAUCACAAGCUGUCUUUAUAAGGAUCCAACAAGACAUGGGAAGGAUGCAGUAACUGGGCAAAAUCCGACGCUCAAAUUUCAUUUCACGGGAAGGACGCUUAUUCAGUUUAGGAAGUCGUUCAUAUGCGCAGUGUCUUUAUCGUCUUGGUCCUGGAAUAUUGGGUCAUCAUCAACUAAACUACCACACGAAAAAGCAUUACAGCCAUUGUAUGCAAGGCAAGAAUUGUCAAGUGGGGAGGUCUUCCAGCUGACCUGCGGUUCACCGGUUGUCCUCCUCAGAUAGUCUGCUUUGGGUCUUCCUCUACCAACUGUGGUUGGAUGUCGUUAUAAUGACCAUAAUUAUGUUGCUGCAAUAAGAUAAUUGUUCACUGACAGCAGUGGACAACACUUUGAUGUAUGUGAUCAUAAUGUCCUCUAUUUAACAAGUCGUGGCUGAAGAUUGCUUAUUGCUGAGCAGAUAGUCAAUAUGCUAUCACAGUGAACAACCAUGUUACGUGGCAUUAAAGUGCUUAGUACUUUAAAACUUUUAAGUCUGCCAAUAGCCCUUUCAGCGUGAAUUUGUACUCUUGCCAUGUUCCUACUUGAUUCAACUUGGUGUUGUGAAAGCUGAGUCUGACCCUUUGUAAAUGCAGGAAUGGAUAGAAAGCAGUUCGUCAUAGCAACUGCAUCUUACUUACUUACUCAAUCCUCUGGCACCCACGGGAUGCAUAGGGCCUAAAGGAAUUCACGCCAUAUGCCUCUUUCCUGUACCAUCUCUCCGAGCUCAACCCAAUUCUCAGAUCCAACCUCCCUCCGCAUUGCCAUCAGCCACGUUUCUCUUGGUCUACCACGUUCUCUCCUGCCCAGCGGCUUCCAUUCAGGUACAUCCUGGACUAACUAAUCUUCUCUUCUUAAAGUAUGCCCCAUCCACCUCCCAAGAUCACAUAAUCUCUGGUCCCCUUUCCAUUGAAUACCAUUAUUCAUUCCUUGCAUUACCUUGGUUAUAACAUAAUCAGUCACCAUAAUAAACAGUAGAGGCGACAGUAUUUCUAUGCAAAUCCAUUAUGAUGUUAACAAUCUUUUCUGGUAUCUCAUAGUGCCUCAAAAUCUUUCUUAACAAUGUACGUGAAAUACUAUCAAAUGCUUUCUCAAAAUCCACAAAGUAUAAAAAAAGAGGUGAUUAUAGUUCGUUACACUGUUGAGGUAUAUGUCGUAGAAUAAAAAUCUGAUGGUUACAUCCUCUGCCCUUUCUGAA